AAUAUCAAAAACCAAAAAAAUUAGCACGCACGAACAUCAUCUUCCAUCAAGGAAGAAAGCCACGACAGUCCAGAACACCCCCCUAACUUCCGGAAAAAGUCGAUGUGCAGGCUUGCUUUGCCAAACUGUGAGCACAUCUUCAUGACCUCUUGUAGAUCCAAAGCUUCGUCGAUGGAAAAGCUAAUCUCAGUUAGAUUUCAGACCUUCAACCACAGCCAUUGCCUAAACCUUGAUUUGACAUCUGUGAUACACAAGCCUACACCCAGCCGAAAUCAACGAACCAUUAGAGUCACGAAGAAUCCAGCCAAUGCCACCACGAUUCAGGGAGUCCAUCCAGGUAGUGUUCGUGUUCAAUUUCCAUCUAUGGUGGGGUGGUGUGGUCCAACUGUUCCCUUCAACUGCGCUUCGCCUAUCCCGCUUGACCAGGUGAAGAUGAAGGAAAAUGACAGCGUUGAGUAUGUGAGUGGUUAUAAGCACAAAAUCGUGUUCGUAAUGGGCUGCACCGCCACCGGAAAAUCCAAACUCGCCGUCGACUUGGCCACUUUCUUAUCGUCGGAGAUCAUCAACUCCGACAAGAUUCAGUUCUACAGAGGCCUCGACAUCGUCACCAAUAAGAUCGCCGAAUCCGAUCGCCUCGGCGUGCCUCACCAUCUCCUCGGCAUCAUCGACGAUCCCGACGCCGAUUUGACUGCCGGAGAGUUCUGCCGCCGCCUCGAGGAAACAAUCGCGGAGAUCAUCGGACGCCGACGGCUUCCAAUCGUCGUCGGAGGAUCGAACAACUACAUCGAGGCGUUGGUCGAUAAUCCGAUCACGAAUUUUCGGUCGCGAUUCGAUUGCUGCUUCGUUUGGAUCAACGUUUCACUUCCGGUUUUGUACAGGUACAUCGCAAAGCGUGUGGAUCGGAUGGUGGAGGUAGGGCUUGUGGAGGAGGUCCGAGAGAUGUUCGUUCCUGGCGCCAACUACAGCCUCGGAAUUCGGCGCGCGAUUGGCGUUCCAGAGAUGGAUGCUUACUUUAGAGCAGAGCAGAACGAGGAAGCGUACAAGGAAGAUUUGCUAAAAUCGGCGAUUCAAGAAAUUAAGGACAAUACCUGCAAACUCGCGCUCCGUCAGUUGAGGAAAAUUCAUCGACUCCGAGACGAGCGCGGUUGGGGACUUCACAGGAUUGACGCGACCACGGUGUUCGAAAAGAGCGGAGAAGACGCUGUCGAUGAGUGGAUGAAUGUGGUUCUAAAACCGAGCUUGGCAAUCGUCGGCGAUUUCCUCAACGAAGACCAUGAACAGAAAAUUUCUUCCAAAGCAAUCGAGAACCCAAUUCGUGAUUGGCGGUUACAAAGAACCCUUCGCAACUUUACUUGAAUUUGAAAUCACAGCUACAGCUUUGAGCCCCCAAUGUGAUCGUAUUCGGUCUUGUGUUUGCCUUCACAACUUUACUUGAAUUUGAAAUCACAGCUACAGCUUUGAGCCCUAGUAGAAUCGAGCUAGUAWUCGAAUUCAGGACAUUUUAAUUCGUUCUUAAUCCAUUGAAAUCCUAUAAGAUCUAUCUAGUUGUCUAGAAAA